AUCUGGACCUGGAUCUGGACCUGGACCUGGACCUGGACCUGGACCCAGCUGUGUGUCCAUAAAGAGUGACUGGUCUAUGGAUGAAAUCAUUAACUUUAAAGUUGGACAUGGUGCUGAUGGAAGGAUGCAGCAGCAGAGACAAGACUCUUCUGGACCUGGACCUGGACCUAGCUGUGUGUCCAUAAAGAGUGACCAGUCUAUGGAUCAUGUUGAGUCCUUUAAAGUUGGACGUGGUGCUGAUGGAAGAGCUGCGCGACAGCUUCGGUCUGAUCUGCAGCAUCCAACACACCUGGACUCUGUGUUUCAGCUGCUGGAGGAGAACGUUGUCACGUUUGUGAAGGACGAGCUGAAGAGAGUCCAGAAGCUUCUGAGUCCAGAUUACCCAGAAUGCUCAGAGAGUCAGAGUGAGGAUGAGGAGGAUGAAGACCAGAGGAGCAGCAGAGAGGCAUUUGUGAAGAUCACACUGCACGUCCUGAGGAGGAUGAAGCAGGAGGAGCUGGCUGACUGUCUGCAGAGCGGAACUUUCGCUGCAGCGUGUCAACAUAAACUAAAGUGUAACCUGAAGGAGAAGUUCCAGUGUGUGUUUGAGGGGAUCGCUAAAGCAGGAAACCCGACGCUUCUGAAUCAGAUCUACACAGAGCUCUACAUCACAGAGGGAGGGACUGCAGAGGUCAAUGAUGAACAUGAGGUCAGACAGAUUGAAACAGCAUCCAGGAAACCAGACAGACCAGAAACAACCAUCAGACAAGAAGACAUCUUUAAAGCCUCACCUGGAAGAGAUGAACCAAUCAGAACAGUGAUGACAAAGGGAGUGGCUGGCAUUGGGAAAACAGUCUUAACACAGAAGUUCACUCUGGACUGGGCUGAAGACAAAGCCAACCAGGACAUACAGUUCACAUUUCCAUUCACUUUCAGAGAGCUGAAUGUGCUGAAAGAGAAAAAGUACAGCUUGGUGGAACUUGUUCAUCACUUCUUUACUGAAACCAAAGAAGCAGGAAUCUGCAGGUUUGAAGAGUUCCAGGUUGUGUUCAUCUUUGACGGUCUGGAUGAGUGUCGACUUCCUCUGGACUUCCACAACAAUGAGAUCCUGACUGAUGUUACAGAGUCCACCUCAGUGGAUGUGCUGCUGACAAACCUCAUCAGGGGGAAACUGCUUCCCUCUGCUCGCCUCUGGAUAACCACACGACCUGCAGCAGCCAAUCAGAUCCCUCCUGACUGUGUUGACAUGGUGACAGAGGUCAGAGGGUUCACUGACCCACAGAAGGAGGAGUACUUCAGGAAGAGAUUCAGAGAUGAGGAGCAGGCCAGCAGAAUCAUCUCCCACAUCAAGACAUCACGAAGCCUCCACAUCAUGUGCCACAUCCCAGUCUUCUGCUGGAUCACUGCUACAGUUCUGGAGGAUGUGAUGAAGACCAGAGAGGAAGGAGAGCUGCCCAAGACCCUGACUGAGAUGUACAUCCACUUCCUGGUGGUUCAGACCAAAGUGAAGAACAUCAAGUAUGAUGGAGGAGCUGAGACAGAUCAUCACUGGAGUCCAGAGAGCAGGAAGAUGAUUGAGUCUCUGGGAAAACUGGCUUUUGAUCAGCUGCAGAAAGGCAACCUGAUCUUCUAUGAAUCAGACCUGACAGAGUGUGGCAUCGAUAUCAGAGCAGCCUCAGUGUACUCAGGAGUGUUCACACAGAUCUUUAAAGAGGAGAGAGGACUGUACCAGGACAAGGUGUUCUGCUUCGUCCAUCUGAGUGUUCAGGAGUUUCUGGCUGCUCUUCAUGUCCAUCUGACCUUCAUCAACUCUGGAGUCAACCUGAUGGCAGAGGAACAAACCUCCUGGUGGUCUGAAAUGUUCAGUGGAAGAUCAACACGUUUCUACCAGAGUGCUGUGGACAAGGCCUUACAGAGUCCUAACGGCCACCUGGACUUGUUCCUCCACUUCCUCCUGGGUCUGUCUCUGGAGACCAAUCACAAACACCUACGAGGCCUGCUGGCACAGCCAGGAAGUGGCUCACAGACCAGUCAGACUCUCCUACAAGGCCUGCUGACAUGGACAGGAAGUAGCUCAUGGAUCAAUCUUAAAACGGUCCAGUACAUCAAGAAGAAGAUCAGUGAGAAUCUGUCUGCAGAGAGAAGCAUCAACCUGUUCCACUGUCUGAAUGAACUGAAUGAUCGCUCUCUGGUGGAGGAGAUCCAACAGUACCUGAGUUCAGGAAGUCUCUCCACAGAUAAACUGUCUCCGUCUCAGUGGUCGGCUCUGUGCUUCAUCUUACUGUCACCAGAAAACGAUCUGGACGUGUUUGACCUGAAGGAAUACUCUGCUUCAGAGGAGGCUCUCCUGAGGCUGCUGCCAGUGCUCAAAGCCUCCAACACAGCUCUGCUGAGUGGCUGUAACCUGUCGGAGACCAGCUGUGAAGCUCUGUCCUCAGUUCUCAGCUCCCAGUCCUCCAGUCUGAGACACCUGGACCUGAGUAACAAUGACCUGAAGGACUCAGGAGUGAAGUUGCUGUCUGUUGGACUCAAGAGUCCGAACUGUCAACUAGAAACUCUCAGUCUGUCAGGCUGUCUGAUCUCAGAGGACGGCUGUAUGUCUCUGGCCUCGGCUCUGAAGUUGAACCCCUCCCAUCUGAGAGAGUUGGACCUGAGCUUCAACCAUCCAGGAGACGCUGGAGUGAAGCUGCUGACUGCUGGACUGGAGGAUCCUCACUGGAGACUGGACAUUCUCAGGGUGGAUCAUGGUGGACAGCAGAGACUGAGACCUGGUGUGAGGAAGUACAUCUGUGAACUGGAAGUGGACACAAACACAGUACACAGUAGACUCCAACUGUCUGAAGAUGAGAGGACGGUGACCCACGUCAGACAGGACCAGUCGUACCUGGAUCAUCCAGGCAGGUUUGACCUGGUUCCUCAGCUGUUGUGCCGGACUGGUCUGACUGGUCGCUGUUACUGGGAGGUGGAGUGGACGGGAGACGUUUAUGUCUCAGUGAGUUACCGAGGAGUCAGCAGGAAAGGAAACAGGAAAGGUUCCAUGUUUGGACGAAACGAUCAGUCCUGGUGUCUCUUUUGCUCUGACAGUGAUGGUUUCUCCGCCUAUCACAACGACAGAGAAACAUCCAUCUCCUCCUCCUCCAACUACUCCUCUGCCUUCUUCUUCUCCACCCCCUCCUUUGCCUCCUCGUUCGCCUCCUCUGGCUCUAACAGAGUGGCAGUGUAUGUGGACUGUCCCGGUGGCACUCUGUCCUUCUACAGCGUCUCCUCAGACUCUCUGAUCCAUCUCCACACCUUCAACACCACGUUCACCGAGCCUCUGUAUCCUGGGAUCAGGUUUGGGUUCUGGUCUGGUUCCUCAGUGUCUCUGUAGGUCUGAGAGUCUCUGCUGUGGACAGAUACCCUGCCCUCUGAAGGUCACCUCUAUUGACCUGAGGCUGCUGUUUGCUCUGAGACUCCAGGGAACCUGAUGAGGUUUUUGUUUUGUUUUUUACGUGUCAUUGUGGACACGCCCCUACGGAGGCGUAGAACUGCCACGCCAAAAAAAACAAAAA